CAGCGAGACUCGCGUUUUGAUUCAUUGCGAUUUUAUCUAGGCAGAUGUGAAGUUGUGUUUUUAUUUGGCUAUUAUCGUAUCUGAGACUCAUUGCAAUUAUUAUUUUAUUAUUAUAAAUACACACACUGAGAUCAAAACCUAAUAGAGCUAGCGAAUCGUACGCAGCUGGUUGAUUCACGUGGCGUUCAAUAUCCGUUCUGGAACAUUCCGUUCGUCCGAGUCUGUUUUUAACUUCGUUUCAAUUUUUGUCGAGUAUAUUCGAAAAUGUUGAACACGCGCAACACAAAGAUGCACGGAGAUUCGUUCGAGAUGAAGGAUCUGACCGCCAGAAUCUGCAGGGAAUAUUUGCACGGAGCUUGGAAAAAGGUCACUCCCCACGACAUAGGGUUUAAACAUAUUAGCGGAGGCUUGUCCAACCUCCUCUACCACGUGGCGCUGCCGCCGUACCUGAUCGACGACAGCAAAGGCCACUCGUGCCACGAGCCGAAGGAAGUGCUGAUCCGCGUUUACGGGCAAACCCACGGCGAGGGCGCACUCGAGGCCCUCAUCACCGAAUCGGUCAUCUUCACGCUGCUAUCGGAACGCGGGCUGGGCCCCAAACUUCACGGCAUCUUCCCGGGCGGUCGCAUCGAGCAGUACAUCAACGCGCGACCGCUUCUGACCAGAGAACUGGCCAUCCCGAAACUGUCGGUCCUAAUCGCCCAAAAAAUGGCGCAAAUCCACUCGAUGGAGGUACCGCUGCACAAGGAGCCCGACUGGCUCUGGAACACGAUGGACCGUUGGCUGAAGACGUGCGAGAAGAAGCUCGCCGGCGACGUCCCCGAAUUUGCAAGAGACCUGCUCGACAAGGUGGACCUUAACGCCGAAACGCGAUGGCUGAAGGAGACGUUGGAGCGCGAGAACAGUCCCGUCGUGUUUUGUCACAACGACAUGCAGGAAGGCAACAUUUUGAUGUCGCCCGACGCCGACAAGGACGAGGACCCCCGCAUAGUCAUUAUCGACUUUGAAUACUGCUCUUACAACUAUCGCGGCUUCGACAUAGCCAACCAUUUCGUUGAGUGGAUCUACGAUUACAAGGAGGAGACGUCGUACCCUUUCUACACCGAAAACCCCCGCCAUUAUCCAACCGAAAAGCAACGGUUGACGUUUAUCCGGGCUUACCUCGACGAAAGCGGCUCGCGAGAGAACGUCACGAAGGUGCUGCGAGAGGUGGAAGUCUUCACGCUCGCUUCGCACCUGUUUUGGACGUUGUGGGGCAUCAUCAACGCUGAAACUUCCAAAAUCCCCUUUGGCUAUUGGGAAUACGGAGUAUCUAGGCUUUCGAACUACCUCCGGCUCAAGGAGCGUCUCUCUUGCAACACGAAAAUCAAGAGAAAAGUAGAAUGCCUGAGCUUGGAUUGAAUAUGGGGGGCACAAUGAAUGCGCCCCUCCCCCAUUCUCAACCCCGUCUCUCUCUCGGGAGAGCGAGGCUGCAGAACUCGCUUACAGUUGACUGUGAAUACUCUCCGGAAGUAUGUAAUCACAUAUUGUGAUAUUUUUGUCGAUAUAUAGUCUAAUUCGAUAGUAUUACACUCGAAAUGUCCAGUCGAAUAUAUAUUAUGGAUCUCCUGGAUAUCGGAAAUUCGGUUUAACCCACACACAAUAUAUUUGCACGAGAUAGAUUACGGUUAAGAUAACUUAUAUUAUUCUUUUGACGGGCGCACGAUGAGCCACGCAAGAGGAAACGAAGGGGCUGGAACAUUGUACUUAAUAAUGUUCGACACCAAAGCAGAUCUAUGAAAAUCAACUGCAUUUUGUUUGCAUUUCUUAUAUUUUUUUGUAUGUUUGAUACAAUAUGGUCCCUUUUUGACCUUAGCGGAAGAGGUGGAUACUUAUUAUGUACUUUGCCUCCUUGUAAAUAAUAUAAUUUUGUUUUAUCCCUUGAGUUUUUAUUCUAUUAAUAAAACUGAGCAGCAUA